CAGCUGAGGGGUCCACUCAGUGGCCUCAGUCUGAGCUGUGAGGGAAGAGACAGGCGCUAACUCUGCUCUGUGGAUUGUGUUUUCACAUUUGGAUGAGCACUAUGAUGAAAGGGGAAGAUUCAGAGGAAGUAGAGAUUGACUUGGAGAGAGACUCAAGUGGCUCUGAAUUUGACAAUGGGGAGGAACCUGAGACGCUGUGGCGAGCCCCGCCUGUUCUGGAAGAAGAGGAAAACAUUCAUACGUCAACUCUAGUAGAAAUCAGUGACACCAAGCCUCUGAUUAAUGUCAGAGACCCCCGCGGUAUCAAUGACUGUCUCAAGGUGACGUUUGAGGAUGUGAUAGCUGAGCCGGUGUCAGUGCGCAGUGGGGACAGAGUGUGGAUCUGGAGUAACGCCUUGUUUGAGGUGUCUCGGGUUUGGAUCUACAGGAUAGUCACAGUGCUUCUGGCCAUUCCCAUUUCAAUUAUCUCUGGUGUCCUGUUCGCCAUCCUCAGCUGCCUCCACAUCUGGAUGGUUGGUCCCUGCAGUCAGUGUAUCCUCAUCGGCACACGCUGGCUGCAGAGCCUGUGGAGUAUUGUGCUAGACGUCAUUGUGCGUCCCUUCCUCACGAGUGCUGGGAGAUGCUGUGGAGGCUUCAGCAUUCACCUGGCCAAAGAAUGAGACUCACACAUCCAGACAGGGAUUGUUUGUUUCCUGCAGUGGUGUUGUAGUGGACUGAGCUGAAUUGGGCAUUGAUAUUUGAUUAUUUAAUGUCUAAUUCAAAGUAAAAUGUUUAUAAUUACAUGUUUUCCACAGUUUGGUUAUAGUUCAAAAGCAUCUGAUGGCCCUUUUUAAUGUCUAUACAGGGUGUGUAAUGUUAAAAACAAUAGAUGGUGAUUUAAUUCUUCCUUUCUUGCUCAGAGGGUGAAAUCACUUUAGUGAGACAAAAAAACAUCUUGGAUGAAGACAAUGCAGAUUCUUUAACAACUUCCAUAACAGUGAUUGUUUUGAAGAAAAUGAAAUUGAUUAAAGUAUUUCUUUUUGUUGAUAA